AUGCAAGAAAGUUGGUCUUCUGUUGAAUGUAGAAGACGUUCUGCGUCUAUUGAUCGUGCCUCUAUGAAUCUUAGAGCCUCCCAAGAAGAAGUAUGUACUGGAUUCUGGAAUACAACAAAAGGAGAAAGUACUAGAAGAACACUUCUUCAGAAGGCCAAGAGCACUGAAAGCAUGAGUCUCAAAUCUAAAUCUGCUUCUCUCACUAACAUCGAAAUGUCAUCUCAACAUCAGAAAACAUCUGCCACCAGAACAACAUCCACUGAGAUUGCCACUCAUAGAAGAGAGAUUGUCGCAGCUGCCUUCGGAAUCUCAACACAUUCCCUUGAACGUCUUCUGAACUUUGUUGAAGAUGUGGAUUGGGAAAACAUCACAAUGUUGGAUUCACAAAAAGAAAUCCUUUCGGUGAACUUGAAAGCUCUUACCAGUUCUCCAAUUUCUCUCAACAUUCCAAGUGUGUUAGGAAGAAUAGUGGCGCCGGCUGAACAAGAUGAAAGUUCUGAUUUGAUAAUGAGAGAUCGUCUUGAAUCAAGAGUCUUCGCUCAGUUGAGAGCAUCAGUCGAUGAAAUGACAACUCGGGAAGUGUCAUUGGGAUCAAUGACCCAACUGGAGCAAGCCGCAUUUAUGAGUCUUUUGAUUACAAGUGCCUCCAGAUGUGAUUUACGAACAAUUGCACCCACGAACAUUUCAUCAACCACUGAAGUUUUCUACGAUGUGGCUGAAGAGAAAAUGAGUACCAGUGGAGUGAUGAGUCGAGAAUCCAGACGAGAAUAUGGUUCCAAAACAUUCACGUCUUCCAGAGAAGAGAUCGUUCAAGGAUUCUGGAGAGGAGAACGAGACGAAGAGAAAGUUGUGAAGACAUUGAAAGAUCGGAUGGAGAGUUUCAAACAAUCACUCAAUGUCAAAUCAGUGUCAUUCAUUUCUGAAACUUCAACCCUAGGAAUGAAGAAAGCUGAUCGAACAGAAGAAACAAGUCAUUCUCAGAAGAUGACACCUAAAGAAAUUGUAUCAGAAGUUUUCGGAGUUUCUGAGAGCAAAACUGAUCAAUUCUUCCAAGUUCUGGAGAAAAUGGAUUGGAGUAAAAUUCAAUUGAGAGUAAAAGAGCAUUCAGCAAUUUCGGCUAACAUUCGAUCAUUGGCUCCCACACAGAACUCAUGUGAUGGAAUUUUGGGCAAACUGAGAGCCCCAAAACAAGAAGACGAAUCUGCUGAUGUGAAAUUACAAGAAAUCAGAAAAGCAACACUUGUGAUGUCUGUUCGUGCUGCUCUUCAAUCAACAAUCUCCAGCAAUUCAAAUUUCGCCAAAAACAUUUCUGAUACUGAAAAAGCAGUUUUCAAUAAUCUCAUCAGUGUUAUUGUUUCACAAAACCUUUCAACUAUUGCCACGUCAUCUGAAUCUGCAACAGCUUCUAUUAAUUAUCAAGAUAUUCCAGAAGUUCUUGGUGCUUCCAGAACAUGGAUUUCCAAGACUUCUGAAAAGUUGAAACAAGAAAUUCGGGAACCAAUGAUAGAAACUGUUGAAUCAUUCUGGAGUACUGCGAAUGAUCAAGAGAAAAUUGCAGUUCUGGUGAAUAAGAAAACAGAAUCGAUUUGUAGUUCAUUGAAUGCGUUGGCUACUAGCAUCGAAAAAGAAAAUAUUCACAAAGAGUUGGUACGAGAAGCUGCGACUUCUGGAAGUGUAAACAUCAAAACCGUCAGUCCUAGAGAAAUCGUCUCCAACUCGUUCCAAAUCACCAGAAGUGAGAUGGAGCAACUCUUCAAUGUUAUGGAGAAAGUCGAUUGGAGUCAAAUCAGUUUACCAGUUCCAGAGCAUUCCAUCUUGUCUAAAAACAUUCAAUGCCUUGCACCACCGCUUUUUGACAGUUCAAACGUUCUGGGAAAAUUAAGAGCUCCUGAAAUGCAAGAACAGUCAGCUGAUUUGAAAAUUAGACAAGCACAACAAGCUAAAGUUGUGUUGGAUGCCACUGCAGCCAUGAUGAGUACCAUCGAGUCGUCACAAACAUUCUGCAAAUAUCCAGAAGACGAGAAAGCAAUUCUUAAGAACCUUGUUGGCAUUAUUGCAACUCAAGAUUUGACUACAAUCGGAACGUCUUCUGAAACUCAAACUGUUCAAAUUGAUUACUCGGAAGCUCAAGAACGAUUAGAAGCAAGCAAAAAACUUGUUGCUCGCAAUCUGAAAGUUCUGAAAUCGGAGAUCCGAGAAAGUAGUGAAGAAGUUGUUCAAGGAUUCUGGAACACGGCUUCAGACCAAGAAAAAGUUGGAGCAAUCGUCUGUGAAAAGCUGAAAACCAUACAUCAUUCGCUUCAAACUCAUGCGAUCAGAACUGUUACCGAGAGCCUCAGUCGUGAUAUGAAACAAGAAUCCCAAGAUCUCGGAAGCCAUCACUUUGUUAAACUGUCACCAAGAGAAGUUGUGCAAGCAGCAUUCGGAAUUUCUUCAGAAUCAGUUGAUCAGCUUCUAGAAUUGAUUGAGAAAAUGGAUUGGAGCAAUAUUGAAUUGGCAGAUAGAGUAUAUUCGAAUAUAUCUGCUAAUGUCAGAGCACUCGCAUUGUCUUCUUCUCAAUCUUCAGGAAUUCUCGGAAAACUGAUUGCACCACCACCAGAAGAUGCAUCAAUUACUCAAGAGUUCCGUGAUUUGAAUACAGCUAAAUGCAUAUUGAAUGUGAUGUCUUCAUUCAACACAUCUGUCACUUCCGAUUCUAUUUUAUACCGAAUUCCAGAAGAAGAGCGAGUCAUUCUCUCGAACAUUCUCGGAGUAAUGGCUUCCAACAACCUCAACUUGCCUUCCGAAUCUACAGUUUCUUCGUUCGGAUUCAAUAGAAUAUUUGAACUUUCGGAUGCAAGACAUGUCUUGAAACAGACUAACCAACAAAGUCUGACACAAAAGAUUCGGGAAUCCUCCGAAGAACUGGUUCAAGGAAUCUGGAAUACUGCAAGUGAGCAAGAGAAAGUUGCCAUCAUAGUCAAAGAAAAACUGGAGACAGUUUACCAGUCAAUAAAAACGUUGGCAAUUCAGAUGGCUACUUUGUCAGUGAACAAAGAGUUGACUGGAAAUGAAGAGAACCUGACAUCAGUCAAAAAUGUUGCUCUGGCACCUAGAGAAGUUGUUAAGUCAGCAUUCGAGAUUUCCAGCGAGACAGUUCAAACAAUGCUGGAAGUUUUGGCUAAAGUUGACUGGAGUGAUAUCUCUUUGCCAGAGAAAAACCAUCAAUUUAUUUCACAGAACGUCCGAAGUCUUGCUGAGCCAUCGUUCAAUUGUGAUAGUAUUCUUGGAAAACUUCAACAUCCAUCACCAGAAUCGGAGUACGCUGAUCACAAAGUAAUCGAACAGAGAACAGCUUCUGCAGUGGCAACUUUGAAAUCCACAGUUGAAUCUGUCGUUUCCAGUGACUCAUCAUUCGUGAAUCUACCACCCGAAGAGGUUGCAAUCAUCACUAACAUGGCUGGAUUAGUAAUCUCAACUGACUUAACAUCAAUGUGCAACAGUUCUGAUACGUUCGGAUUCCAGCAGAGAAUUACUCGAAAUCAAAACGCAAGUGCGCUUCUGGCAGCAACCAACUCACAAUCUCUGUUCGAACGUCUUUGUGAACCGGUUGAAAAUCAAGUUCAAGGAUUCUGGAGCACCGCUUCACCACAUGAAAAAAUGUCUAUGGUUGUCAAGCAGAAGUUGGACACUAUGUACGAGGUCAUCAAGACAAUUGCAACUCAAAUGGUUACUCAGACUGUCGACCAACGUCUGUCAGCAACAGAACCAUCAUCAGAAUCACUCAAAAUCAUUGACAAAGCAGCAAGAGAAGUCGUCACGGCCGAAUUUGGAAUCAGAAGUGAGAAUGUUCAAACAACUUUGGAAGUACUGAGCAAAAUCGAUUGGAGUAGCAUUUCACUCCCUGAAAAAAUGCACCAAGCGAUCACAAGUAAUGUAAGAACUCUUGCGGAGCCUUCAUUCAAUUGUGACAGUAUUCUUGGAAAACUCAAUCCACCAGAAGCUCAAACUGCCAGUGCUGAUAAGGAAUUGUUGGAUCAAAGAACGAUUGAAGUGUCUGCAAAAGUUCAAUCUGCUCUGGAAUCUGCUAUUUCAACUUUUUCUAAUCUUCAAAAACUUCCAGCUGAUGACAAGGCAGUCAUAUCUAAGAUCGCUGAAUUUAUGGUUUCGAAGGACUUGAGCUCUAUGACAAGUACAUCAACCAGUUUUGGAUUCCAAAGAGACUUAUCUGAUUCUCAAGAUGCGUAUAUUCUUCUACGAACUCCAGGUUCGAUGCUCUCGGAACAACAUGUUCGAGAACCAUCAAAUCAACAAGUACAAGGCUUCUGGAGUACUGCAUCACCACAAGAAAAAACAGAAUUUAUUGUCCAACAAAAAUUGCACUCCCAGUAUGAUGCUAUGAAAGUCAUGGCAAUUACUAUUGCUUCUGAAUCUGUUGAUACCGAAUUGAAGGGAAUCGAAGACAAUGUUGAGUUACAAAAGAACAUUGGAACAGUCACCAAAGAAAUCAUUGCUUCUGCUUUUGGAAUUUCCAGUGAAGCAGUUCAGAAAACAUUGGAAGUUUUGUCUAAAGUCGAAUGGUGCAGUAUUUCUCUUCAAGAAAAAGAGCAUCGAUCAAUUUCACAAAAUAUCAGAGCUCUCGCUGAACCGAGCUUCAAUUGUGACAGUAUCCUUGGAAAACUCAAUCCACCUGAUCAACAAUCUGAAGCAGCCGAAAGAAGUGUAAUGGAACAGAGAAAGGCUGUGAUUUCUGUGAAUCUGAAAUCUGCAGUUCAAUCUGUUAUUUCCAAAGAUUCAACUUUCCAAAAACUUUCUGAGGAUGAUAAAUCGUCGAUUUACAAAGUUUCAGAAGUGAUUGUGACCAGUGACUUGACGUCAAUGAGCACUUCAUCGGCUGACUUCAGACUUCAACAGAAAACAGUUGAUCUAGAAAACGUGAACGUUUUAUUGACAUCACCACACUCUCAAGCACUCAUUGAACGUCUUCGUGAACCAAUCGAGCAACAAGUUCAAGGAUUCUGGAGUACUGCUAGUGCCGUUGAAAAGAAGGAAAUGUUCUUGAAAGAGAAGAUUGAAACGAUUCAUGCGAUGCUCAAAACAUUCUCAACUUCUCUUGUCAGUGAAACGAUUCAUCGGGAUUUCAUGGCAACUGCACAGACUCUGGCUGCUCUUCAAUCGAUUCAACUAACCCCUCGAGAGAUAUUAUGUGCAGCAUUCGGGGUUUCCAAUGAGCAAGUCGAGAAAACAUUCCACGCUCUAAACGAAACCAAUUGGAAUGAAAUUGAAAUUCCAUUAAGACAGAAGGAAAUUUUACUGGCCAAUUUGAGAAUAAUUAAUGCAGAUGUUCCAAGUGUUUUCGGAAGCUUGAUGGGCAAACCAGAAGAAAAUCAAGAGAUCACAAAUGUUCUUCCUCAAGUUCAGAAAGUCCAGUUCUUGUUGAAUGUCCAAAGAGCUUUUGAGCAAUCGGUAGAUGUUACUACGUCUCUUUCCAAAUCAGGUGAUAGCAGCGAGACUCAAAUUUCCAAUAUAAUUUCUUUAAUUUCGUCCGAAAAUUUGGGAGAUUUGAUCUCACAAGCUGUUCAAUUUGCCCAGCCGAAUAUGUCAGAAGAGACAUCGAAACAAUUCCAAAUUCCGAGAGAAAUCCUAUUAGACAGAGUCGUUCCACAAACUUCCGACGAGUCGAUUCAUUCUUUCUGGAGAACCAAUCAACUUUCCGAGGAAACUACUUCAAUCGUUUCUCAAAAAUUAUCUACAUUGACUUCGGAAUUUGUCACUUCUGCAGCCAAACAGGUCAGCACAUCGUUGACUUUGGACUACCGACGAAAAAUCUUCAACCAGAAUUCCGAAUUCAUUUUUGGAGAUUUGACAAGAGAUGUCGUGAAGGCCGCCUUUUCUAUUUCUGAUGAGUCUCUGAACCAGUUGUUCUUCCGUUUAGAGCAAUCUGAUUGGAGCCAAAUCAAUCUGACAUCCAGGCAAAAGGCUAUCCUAUCAGCAAACAUCAGGUCGUUAGCUUCUGCAAAUUUGGACAUCCUUCUCGGACAUCUUGCUUCGAAACCAGAAGAAAAAGAGAAUUCUGGCUUCUCAAUGACAGAGCAACGCCGCCUUGAAGUGGAGAACACUUAUAAAAUCAGUCAAAUUCUUUCGAAAAUUGCUAUUGAGAAGAAUAGAAGCGAAGAUGAAAAGGCAACCUUAACAAACCUCGUGAAGCUUCUCACUUCUACCGAUCUGAAGGUAGCAAUUCAAACAGCUGCGUUCGAGAGAAAACCAGAUGAUCUUGUAGUCAGUGCUUCCAUUGUUCCAGUACUUAAGAUUCAGGAUCAUGUAAGAGAGCCAGAAGAACAAGUGAUUCAAGGAUUCUGGAGCAACGACAGACCACAACAAGAAACUGUUGACUUUGUGAUUCGGAAGAUUGAUGUUCUGAAAAGUAUUCUGAAUUGCUACGCUGUUGCAGAAUGUCAAGGAAUCAUAAAAAUCUCGGAAACUGUCAAGGAUGCUUUUGCAGUUAGUGAACAAACCUAUUUCAAGAUUCUGAAGGUUUUGGGAUCUAUGCAAAGCACUGAAAUCCCGGAAGCAGUGAAGGAAACUAUUUCAAAGAACUUGACGAUUCUGAAUUUAUCACCAGUCGAAACGCUGAUCCGAUCCGAUAAACAAGUGGCGUCAGUCAGUGAAACAGUUCGAGAUAAACAGUUGGCUCAAUUUUUGUUCAAUUUCAAGUCAACAUUGGAUUACGAAACUGGAAUCACAACCACGAUUUCAAAGUCUUCAGAACAAGAUAACGUCGUUCUCAACAAUUUGGUUUCUAUUCUUUCCUCUGUUAACCUUGCUGCAGUUGUACCAGAAAAUGGCCAACUACCGUCAACGGAAAAUUCAAUUGUUGACUUCUCAAUGCACCGUCCAGACGCAAGAACAUCUUCUUCUACUACCCUGGAUGACGUCAACAUUUUGAGACACUAUCUACAAACUUUCGCAAUCCAACAAACAUCAACGGAAGUGAACCGAGUCGUAGAGAUCAUCAAAAAAUCUCAAAACUUCCAUCUCGUCCACACGACAGUUCUUGAAGAAAUCAAAACGAUUCAAAUGAGAAUGGAAAUCCUAAAGAGAGUUCUUCUGAACCAAUCAACAGCCGAAGAGAUUCUUCAGGAAGCGUUCCAGAGUAGUGAACAACAAAUGGAGGCGUUCCACAGAAUCAUUGAGAAUGUUCAUUGGGAAGAAACACAACUAACUGAAGAAAUCAUUGGAAAUCUCCGAGUGAACUUCAGUGCGAUCCCUAGAUUUGAAGGAACCGUGGGAUGCUUGAUGGCUCCAGAAGACCAACAACAAUCUGUGGAUACCUACGUAUCUUCUACAAUACGUGCUGAAGCUGUUAUGAAUCUGAUGGCUGCUGCAGAAAAUGCCAUCUCUACAACGUCUUCUCUUUCCAAUAUGGAAUCCGAUGAGCGUCUUCUCCAUAAAACUAUUCUGAAGACGUUGGCAGUUUGUGAUCUGACUGCACCUGCUUCCAAAUCUGAAACAGAGACAAUGGCACAAGGAUUCUAUCAGAAAGUGGAAAAUUCAGAAACCCACCAACAACAAGCACGAGAAGCAAAAGUUAUGAUGGAUAUUCAGGAAUGUGUCUUCACAACUUGUACUGGAUAUUCUGAUAUGAAUAAACCAGAAAAUUCCGAAGUCACGAGCUACUCGGCACUUCUUGGAACAAUGUCCAUUUGUGACUUUGUCACCAUGGCAGCUUCCAACAUUCAGGUUGACAGUAAAUACGAUUAUUACCGUCGGCCAGCUCCAAAGGAUGCCGAGUUGACUAUCGCUGGUUCAAACACUGAAACGUUCUCGCUAGCUCUUCAGGAAACGGGAGAAGUGACGUCAUCUGGAAUCUGGAAUACUGUAUCCACUUCAGAAGCAGCAAAGACUACAGUUUCUGAUAAGAAGAUUUCGGUUUCCAAAACUCAGAUGUCAACCAAAGCUAGCAGUGAAAACGCUGUCAAUUAUGAGCAGUCUCUCGAAAAAGAUACAAAGGAGACAAUCGAAACAAAGAUUCCUCAGUCUACUCAAGAGUUCCUUCAGCAGAAAUAUUCGAUUGAUCGAUCUGAAUCGAAUGUUCAAAUUCAAGGAACACCAGCUUCUGAAUCGUUUGAAGUUCAAUAUCCUGUAUCAAAUGCUGACACUGUGAGUCAAACAAUGAGAUCUCAAAGUCAAAGGGGUCUUCAAUUUGGAGGAACUUUUGGAGAGCUGGCGCCUCCUCUACCACAAGAAGAAGAUGCUGAAACAACCAUCCGUCAAAGUAGGCUCUACAGGUCUUCCAGCCAAGUUCGUGCUCCAUCUGAAGAAUCAAUUCACAGAACGGAAGCGCUGAGAAGAUCAGAAUCAUUAGAAUCAAAUGCUAGAAAAACAUUUGUAGAAAGAAGACGUGAAAGCAUUUCAAUGAGUCAAAAAGCUUCUGUGGAAAGAGAAACGAGUAUGGAAGCAAGAGUUUCGAAACCAGAACAGUCUGCUCCAGUGGAAUCUCUCCAGAAGACAAAAACGAAAGGGCUGACGUCUUCUAGUGUCGCUGAAUCCAAGGAUUAUAAUGUCUGUGGUAGCUGGACAACAGCAAAACCACCAAUCGGAGCAAAAGUUUCAUUUCAAACUAAAAAAGUAGAAAAAGAGGUCACUUCAGCCACGAUGACGGUAGCUAGCGCUAGUGUUUAUUGUGAAGUAGGGCUAGAGAGUAAAAAGUCUCAUUGCGGUGAUACUACAGGAUUAUUGGUUCGAGCGAAGAGUAUCGAAGAAGUCGAAAGAGAGUUCGGAGUCGAAGUGACAUCUACUGAGAAGAUACUCGAGAAGAGAGAACAAAUCGAAUCAUGGAUCAAGAGUUUACCGCAAAGCAUGGAAGAAGAGAGGUCAGCAGAGUUCGGAGAUGAUGAAGUGAAGAUUGGAGGUGUCAUGGGAGUCCUGAAUGCACCACGAGAGCAGGAAGAAGAAAUUGAACGCCGAAUGACUGUCAAGAGAGAAGCCAGUGAAACCAGAAAUUUGAAAGCUGCCACCAAAGAAUCCAUCGAUGAGUCAGAUGAGUUCAGCAAGGCGGAAGCAGAUCAAGAGAUUCAAGCAAUCCGAAAGGAAUUGGUAAAAGAGGCAGGAUCUCUAAAUGCAGCUGCCACGAAGGAAAUCAGUGCCACCGCAAAACUCGAAUAUGCGAAGACUCCUUCAGAAGACAUCACCGAGUUGAGUAUGACAGAAUCAAGAAGACAAUCAAAUGUCGGCCAGUUCCAAGAAUCCAAAGAAGAAGAAUUCGUUGGUCUUUGGAAUACUGGAGCCAAGGGACAAACUGCGUCGAUGAUUCUUCCACACAAACCACCAAUUGAUUCUGCUUCAAUCAGAGCCAAAGCAGCAAGAGAAAACUCCAUUGAGAUGAGUGGAAGUCUUCAGAAGUCUCCAUCAGCCGAAGCAUUGGGUGUCAUUUCUCAGAAGAUCAAGAUGGGUGCAGACAGCAAGUUUGGAAUUGCUCAAGGAGUUGCUGAGACUACUUUGACAUCUUCCGAACAAUCUGGAGCGACCAGCCACAACGUUCACAUUUCCAAUACUGGAACUGCCACUGGAACAGUCAACCAAUUAUCCAAUAAAGAAACUGGAGUUGGAUUCGUUGCUUCCAGUCUAGUUUCACCUAAUCCAGAAUCUGCAGAAACUGAAUUCACUGGAAAAAUUGUGCAACUCACUCAAGCCACAUUGACCAAAUCAGCUGCUGGGGAUGCCGGAGCUAAAGUGGAAUCCGUGAUUCUAGGAAGUGGGGAAAAUCAGGCUGAUGUUUCUCUUCUGAAGAAUGUGACUUCUACUGAAGCAGUAGAAAAAGCUCUUCAAGCUUCAAAGGAUUCAUUUGUUACACUGGAUGCAAAACAAUCUCGUGAAGCAGUUUCAGAAGCAAAGAGUGAUUUGAACUUGAAGACUGCCAACGUCGAGAGUCAUAAGAUGAACGUGGCCGAGACAAGAGAUGAGGAGAGCGGUGUAUUCAUUCGGUCAAGUCACGAAUACGAGGAAACUCAGAAGACAUUGAGACAUCGUAGCGCUUCUCGUGAAUCAGCUAGUCGUACUGUAACAGCCCCGACAAAUCAAGAAGUUCUAUUUAACUUUGACAGAAAACUUGAAGAGUCCGUUGCUGAGGGCUCAUUGAGUAUAGGAAUAGUGAGAGAGUCGUCGCUAAGCGAAGUCAUGAAACAUACCGAACGGACAAGCGAACUUUCGAAAUCUUUCUUGAAUGAAGAAGUUGCAGGUGUCAGAUCUGUCAGUGAAAGGAGAACUGAAGAAUUCAGAGGACGCCAACAAGGAGACGUUGAGAUUCAGACUGGAACAGCUAUGGGCAGAAUCGAAGCACCGAGACCUCAACGAGAGGAAGCUGAAGUAACUCAGAAGCUGACGAGAACAUUGAGUGUAGAGAGAAACGCCAAAGCAGCCGGAACUGUGGAAUCUCAAAUGACCGCGCAAAUUCAAAGAAGAGAAGAUUCACUGACUUCCGAGUACGCAGCCAGAGAAAAUCUUCUGUUGAAAUCUUCCAGUGUCAGCCACGUUGCAACUCAACAAAUGUCCGAGCAUCUUGUGAUGAGAAGCAAGAGUGAACAUCAUAUCAGUGAGAAGAUCCAAGAACGAUUAUGCGAGAAAGAAUCAUUCAGUUCUCAAGAAUUCAUCACUGAAAACCAAGGAGUUCAUACUCAUUGGGACGUCAUUGAUAACAAUGGAGAAGCUCUUAUCUGCUGGAAAUCUGCUGAAACUGAACAGAAAUCAUUGGAUGCCAAGCAGAUAACUGAAUCGUCUGCAGGAACAAACCUUGAUUUAACUGUUAGAUUGCCAGGUGGAAGAGAUGAAGAGAAGAUUGCAGAGCAUGUCUUCGUUGGAAUUAGCGAAGCUCUCAGUGUUUCUGAAACUAGAGCAGAUAUGGAGAUGACAAGACAAGAUGCGUUCUCCGACGAUGCCACGUACGUUGCUUCUGAUAUUCUCGAAGAGCACAGCCUCUCCACAGUUCACGAAUUUGGAGAAUCCGAGGCUUCGAUCACUUUCGGAAUCGGAAAACUCGUGACGAAGAAACCCGAAAAGGAAGAAAUUGGACGCAGUUUCUCAGAGACACGAAAACUUUCUCAAUUCUCUGAAAUCGCCGCGGCUAUUGAAUUGACUACGGAAAUGGACAGUGAGAUUCUCCGUUUGCCAGAAUGUGAUCAAAGUGAAAAAAUGAUUACUCAGAAGUUCGAGCAGAAGGAUUCCAAAGACCUCAAGGCUACAGUGGAGACUUCAUCUGGAAAAGAAGUUAACUUGGAGAAAAGAGAUGUUCGUGAGCAUUCUGUUGAUGUGAAGAAAAAGAAGUUUGAAGUUGAAGAUUUCCAAGAAAUCCUUCCAAUGGUUCGUCGUUGGGCAGAAGUUCUCAGUAUGAAGGCGUCCACAAGUGUUGAUAUCCAAGCUGACAACUCCAUCUCUAAACCAGAUUCUCAAGCUGAAAGUCGAAAGAAUCUAAAAACUGCAAACAGUGAGAAUCACCGAAUCAAUGUGAAUGCUGUCCAAGAAGUAGUAAUGUCUUCUACAACCGCUUUGGAGUGUAAAAAGGCUGGAGAAGACGUUGCAUCCAUCCGACUUCGUGAAAAAUCAAGAGAAAGAGUUGAGAAGAAAUACCAAGAGAAUCAAUGGAAUCUUCUAUCCACCAGUGCCGAAUGGGAAACUCUUCUGAAUGAUUUAGAAGAGUCUGUAACCAUCGCUCAAAGCGUUCAAGAUUCGAUGGCGUUCUCUGCUAAAGCCACAGCAACUGUCAACUUGAAUUCUGAAGCAUCAAUCAAGAAAACAGAAUCAAAUCUUGGAAUUCAGAAGUCAAUUUCUCAAACCAACGUUGACAAAACUAUUAGACAGUUCAACAGUGCCAACGUUGAAAACGAAUUGUUGGUGACUAAACUUGGCAUGGAUUUGGAAGAAAUUGAGAAACUUGUGGAUGAGAUCAACAGAGAACAAGCAGUUGGUGGAAGAAUCCGAGAGUUCGGAAAAUCAGAAACUGGAGGAGGUAUAUAUCUGGUUAGAAGAUCACUUCCGAAGGUCAAGGAGACGUCGACGCAUACUGUAACUCUUGCCACGAGCUUCCGUCAAAUCUUCUCAACGAUGAGUGCUGGAGACGAGAUCAGUGAAGCAAAUGUUGAAUUGACGGUUCCAAGUACAUCAGUGGAAGCUGAAAUCAAGAGUACUGUUGCCAGAAGCAAUUCAACGACAUUCUCAACUUCCCAUGCUUCUGAACAUACUGCGACUACGGUAGCUGAUUACGCUCGAGACAUUGCCAUUUCUGCUUCCACAGCUGCAAGAAAGAAGGCAAUCCCAGUUGAGAAAACGAGCCAGAAACUGAAAGAAGUUGGUGCAGAUGGAAUUGAAAUUCUUUCUCUAUGGGAAGGAAUCGAGACUGAUCUGGAUGCCAGUACUAAGUUGGUAGAUCUUCUCCGUGUCAAAUCUUCCCUCCAAACCAUUGAACCCAGUGAAGAAGUUGAAAGAAUCAACCAGUAUUUGGAAAUGCCCGAAGAAAAAGGACUAGUGAUUCAUUUGAUCAGUGUUCAGAACAAGGAAAUAUGCAAGAGAAAUUUCUUUGUUUCAGUUUGCUCUUUGGAUACUGCUCUAUCUAGGAAAUUUGAGAUACCAUCGGAAUACUCUGUGAGCAAAGUGUUGACCGAUAAACGUGUACUUCGUGAGAUUUGGAGAGUGAUUGAGAGUGGAGACGUGAGUUUCAACGCCGUCAUUAAUUUGCAUAGAUACAGUCUCUCGAAACCGACACUGGCACAGGAAACGGUGCUUAGGGAGGUGGUCCGAAUUGCAGCUCAACCAUUGUUCAUAUCAGCAGGAGACAUUGAAAGCGACGUCGUCUGGAGUACACAACAAUUGGAGAAGACGCCCUGGAGAGAGGAGACAAGCAGAACGAUCAUUGGAGCGAGGAAAGGAGAAGGUGUCAGGAAGAAGAUGGAAGAAGCUGGAGAUGAAAAGGUAAAGCUGAAAGUGGACCUGAUUGGAGGAAACCAGCCGAAUGAAGUGUGCGAAAAGUCAUGGAAGAUUCCGAGAUCUGGAGACAAAGCCAAAUUGGAUACGGAAGAAUUCGAAUUCGAUGAAUGCUUGUUC